AUGGGGAGAUCUUCGUCUCCAUCGCAGUCUUCGACGUCACAAUCAGGUGGUCCGCCGAACUCCGGCAUUGAUCCAAAGGAAACAGGAAAGAGACAACCGGAAGUGACACAUGUCACGGAGCCACCGGAAGCUUACCCCAGCGUCAAUGGCGUCCGCGUGCGACUCGGACUGGACGCUGACUACGGCGCAUGCGUCCGGGGCAGGGAGCGGCAGUUCCGAGAGCACAUCCGGCGUCAACUGAGCGUCUUGCUCAGAGUUCCUCUUCCGGGAGUUAGAAACGUCCGCAUCCUGCCCGGUAGCAUCAUCGUGGAAGCCGACAUGGUUCCGGUAAAGACGCCAUCGCUGGAUGUGGAUAAGUCCGCGCUUCUGGCGGCGCGAACGGACCUCCAGGAUCGCAUCGACCGGGGCACCGCGGUCAUCACGGACCUCGACGGCAACCGCCUUCCUAUCUUCACCAGCACAGUCUACUCGCUCCAGCCGCCGCGCGGCACGUCCUAUUCUCCCGCACUUCUGGGUGCGCUGACUGCGAUGUUCUUUGGCGCCACAUCGGUCAUUGUGGCCUCCGCUUAUCUUGUCAAGAGGCACGUGGGCGAAAGGCACGUCUCCCCGUCGCCGGAAGCGGUGAGCCAACUUCCGGUACUGUGGACGCUCGUCAGCCCACUGUGGGAAGUGCCCUAG